UGCUAGCAGAUUAGCUUAGCUGCUAACAGAAGAGUGUGUCUGCUCCUGAAGAACAGCUCCAAAGUCCCUCUCCUGCGGGACGCCUGUCGUCAUGGCUGUGUUGUGGUGUGAAUUGUGACAACUAACGCCAAGAUGAUGAACGACAUAAUAGAGGAGCCGGAGAAGGACACUCUGCUGGAGGCGCCGCAGGAGCCACAAGUUUUGUCGGGGCCAAGCGGCGGCACGAGACCCAAGACCACCGAUGGAGGCAUCAGGCCGGUGGAGAAAAGAGGACCUUACAUCAUGUCCAGAGCUCCAGCCAUCCACCUCAAACUACAGAAACACAGAGAGAUGGCGAGGAAAGCGUUGAAGAAGAAAGCCCUUUCUCCAGGGCCUGCAGUGACACAUCAGCCCAGACAAGGAGCCAAGAGGACAGUGAAGUACAACAAGGGCUACGCUGCUCUGAGUCAACACGCCGAGGAUACUCUGGUUGCACUGGACUCAGACAGUGAUGAAGAGAUCGAUUUUGAGCAGUAUUCAUCAGGGUACUCUUCGGCUGAGGUUCAUCCUGAUUUAAGCAGGCAGCUGCUUCAGGAUGGAUACCGACUGGACGAGAUCCCUGAUGAUGAGGACCUGGACCUGAUUCCGCCCAAAGCCAUGGGCUCCUCUGUGUGCUGCUGCUCCGAGGGCCCGUCCUGCCCUUUGCAGUGAUGUCAGUGGCGCCACUCAAACCUUACAAUGGCUUGGCUCCAGCGGCAGCUGACUUUAGCCUCUGGUGCCUGACGCCUUCUUUCUAACCAAGCUCCACUGCUGCGCUGCCUGAGGACUUCCAGCUCUGAAGCCAAACCAUGUUUCAUGCGGGACUGCGUGCACUGAGAUCGCUCAGCCCCUCUGAGAACGCAGAUGGACGUGAGAACAAGCCUUAUCCACUGUGACCCCAAAGCUUGACCUAUUUUUUUAUUUAUUCUUUUUUCUUUUUAUAGAACUACAUGAAACACUAACUACGCCACUGCUCUAAACUUAGUGGCCGAGUAAGGCAACAUUUGGGAUGUGCCCUUGUUGGGAGAGCUGGUUACCGUCUUUUCCUCUCUGACAAACAGGUCUGCUGCCCUCUAAGCACGACAUGCAUACGAGUAUGAUGUAUUGUGUUUCAAUGUUUCAGCCCGUCGGUGAAUCUGCAUGUCCCCAUUGAUAACUAACUGCUAAAUGAAGUAAUGGCACAUCACUUGAGCAUUCCCCUCCUUUUUUUCUAUUGUUACUGCUCAGUAAUCACAUUUAGGUUUCAUUCCUAGAUAAUGUGCUCAUCACAUAAACACAACUCCUAUUUCAACAACAACAACAAAAAACACACAAGCAAAGCACUGAAUCGAAAUAAGAUGUGUAGUGUUUGAGUAAAACAGCUUGAUUUCUUCAUGGCUUAUGCGUAACGAGUAAAUAUUUUCUUUAAGUGUUACAAUGUACAAGAAAGUUACUACAUUUUAAAAGCAGUCAUUGAGAAAACUGCUGCACACCAAGAAGGACGCCCUCAUCGUCUACGAGUAGAAGAUUUACAUUGAGAAGAAAGCACAAAGUAAAGGUGUCUGUUAUUAAUGUCCAUUGUUAUUAAAGGAAUACGAAGACUGUCACAGUGCUGUAAGCGGCACAAAAUUUGAACUGAUGGCAGGUUGAAGCGCUUUAAUAAAUGAACCAGUGACAGUCGGACGUUACAGUGUUUGCAUUGUAGAAAAGGAUUUAAUUCCAGACACCAACAUGUGCCAAAGUAAAAAAGAAAAAAAAAUCUGUUACAAAGAAAUUGUAGACAUAAAAGCGACAUCUGUAAUUGAAAUCUCUCCCCCUCUUUUUUUUCUUUUUCUUUUUUUAAACUUUAGAAAAUACUUAAGUGUAAAUGGAAAGAGUUCCACAAUGGCUUUGCAUUGAUUACUUUUUUUUUUUUUCUAUAUGUAGCAUUUUGGUCUAAAACCCGAUCCAGGAAUCUAAAGAAGGAAUUGUGUAGACAUCAACUUUGAGUUACAUUAUUUUAUUUAUGUAUUUAUUCAUAUAUUUGUUGGGGACGUUACAGGUUAAAAUGAGACCAGCUUAGCAUUAGAUUUGAGCUUUUUUUUGUCUACCAUUUGUAAUGCAUAUUUACAUACAUUCUUUUGAACAGUGUGUUGGAAUCACUUACCGUUUGUGUUAUGACGCAUCUGUCGCCGUUUUCUGCACAACAGACACACAGACAUGCUGAAAACACUCAAUCAGAAAAGAAAUAUAUUAUUUUUCUUUACACUUUAGAAAAUGUAUGUGGUCACUAAAGUUACUGUCUGGGUCAUAUGUUGCUGUUCAUUGUUGGUGUUGAAGCUGUAUUAACAGAAAUAUCAGAGUAAGUGACAGCGAUCACUUUCUCAGGAGAUUGGUGUGUGUGUGUGUGUGUGUGUGUGUGUGUGUGUGAGUAAGUGAGUGCACAGAUAGAAAACAAUUUGCCUUUCACAUUCAUUUGUAAAAUGAAAGAUUGAAAGUUGCACAUGUGGUGAAGUGCAUAAGUGUUUUAAGUCAGGAUAAAUGUGCGGCUGCUCGCUGACCUACCAGCAAGCACCACACUAGUAUUUCUCACACAGUGAUGUUGGUUGUUAGAUGCCGAAACUCUCAGUCAUAUAAAUAAAUGGUAUAGCAGACUGCUUGCUGAAAACAAAGUACAGAACUGGAAAGAGUAUGUCAUGCUCUAAAAAAAAAAAACCCCAAAACGUAGGAACUUUGGUUUGUACUUCACAGAGUUGGGAUCAGUUCGUAAGUGCUAAUUCAGGAAUUGAGUUUGUUUAAACCUUUGCAAUUAAACUGCUUGGAAAAUGUUACCUUAUUAACAUUUGUAAUGUAAACUAUCUCCCCUCAGCACUCCAUGGUUGUAAUGUGGGUGAUUUAGGAAUAAAAUCUGAUUCUGCUAUUACACAAGUGUGAGCUAAAUGCUUUAAACGGACCAGCUGAAUUUAAAGUGUAUUGGCCCCGGCCCCGGCUCUGCACGAUGUCUUUAUGUACAGAAGAUUUUGCACUUAGUGUGGUCAGUAGCAAGUACACUUUACUCACCUGUACUAUGCAACUAUUGGGACAAUCUGCUUGUUUUAUGUCAUUGUGACAAGAUAGGGUUAUUGAGUGCAACAUGCAAUAACUGAAAUUGUUUUUUUUGUUUUUUGUUUUUUUUUUAUGAUGGUAAACACAAAUCUUUUAUUUGAUUGUACUAUUUGGUUUACAUUAUUAAAUAAAACUCAGUUAAUUACA